UCGAAGCAGUUGGCAGCACCGUCAGAUGGUUCUUUAUUUACAUCGCGGCUGCACGUUUGAAUUGGUUUUUUUAAUUACAUAAAAAUCACAUAAAAUUAAAUCAGGCUCCAUGGCCCUGCGGUUGCUCAGCCGCUCCUUGGCCACGCAUAUGCGUGGCAUGCAAUUAAACGCUACCAGGAGUGGAAUCAAGGGAUAUAACUUCAGCAGUAUCUCGGUAUCCCCUGCCUGGACAUGCCUAAAUCGCCGGCUACAUGUGCGGAUUACGGACCAAGAGGCCGGUUUGCAGACCAAACGGGAGGCCAACAGAAACCACAAUCCGUUCCAGGAAGAAAUAUUAGAGGAACUUCCAUCAGAAGCACCAAAAAAGGACAACAAACGGAAAAAAGAAAAGCCGUCAAAGGAGAAGACCCCCGAGAAAGUUCUUAACUUUGGAGAUCCAGACACUUUUGGCGAUGCCAAGGUGGGCGAGAGUGAGGUAGAGGAUCCUGGAGAUGUCGAGGAGGAGGCUUAUAUCAGCAGGCCCACGAGGCAUUCAAAGAAAUUGCAGGCAGUGGAAUACGCUCGCCAGAUCAAGGAUCACCUAAAAGCCAACCGCCUUAACGAUGCCAUCGCCGUGCUGGAGCAGCGAAUGUUGCGCGAGGACCGCGCCAAACCGGACAAGUACAUAUACAAUCUCCUAAUCAGCGGUUGCGCCAAGGCAGGAUACACCCGCAAGGCCUUCGCCCUGUACACGAAGAUGCGGCAGAGGGGCCUUCAGGUGACUGGCGGCACCUAUACCUCCCUUUUCAACGCCUGCGCCAAUGCUCCCUCCCUGAGCGAUGGCCUGGCCAAGGCGCAGAUCGUCAGGGAGAACAUGCUGGAGAAGGGCUAUGAGCCGAAUGUAAAGAACUACAAUGCAAUGAUCAAGGCCUACGGGAGAUGCGGGGAUGUGGACACCGCCUAUCUCCUGGCCGACGAGAUGAUGGAGCGGCAGCUUGACAUGAAUGCCGAGACAUUCAAUUUCCUGCUGCAGGCCUGCGCCAGCCACAAGGAGCAGGGUUUCAGACACGCUCUCCUCACCUGGCACAAGAUGCUGCAGCGCGGCAUCAGUCCGGACUACUACAGCUUUACGACGAUGCUCAGGUGUGUGAGGGACUGCAGCUUUGGAGAUCUGGAAGCGAUGCGGGAGGUCAUUGAACAGAUUGCUCCUGCAGCAGCUCGGCAGAAACCCAAUCUUCAGUUGGAAAAUGGCAAUAAAGAUAACUUACCCAGUAUAUCUUCAAGUUCCUCAUCGCUUGCUGCCCAAAUAGAGGUGACCACGACUUCUAGCGAGCUGGAAUUGCCAAAUCUCCUUCUUCCGCGACCUCAUCUGGGCAGUUUGGUGGCCUUGGAGGAGGUGUCACGCCCACAUGAGCGGUUUCUCCUACUCGGCGGUCUGACUGGCUUUCUCGACCUGAUGAAAGAACAUCAAAUCACGCCGGAUAUUGAGACCUUCACCACCAUGCUAGAUGUUAUCCCUCCCACCAAUGCCGCGGAGAAGCAGCUACUCACCUUCGUCCGCAAGAUCGGACUCAAGGCGGACAUCGACUUCUUCAACAUACUGAUCAAAAAGCGAUCCAUGCGCUUCGAUUACGCGAGUGCCCGUGAGGUGCUUGCCAUGAUUCGGACGGCGGGUCUCCAUCCAGAUAUUGUCACCUACGGAGUACUCGCCCUGGGCUGCCGCACGCAGGAGGAGGCCAGAGAGCUGCAGCAGCAGAUGCAGGUGGCAGGCAUCAAGCUGAAUAUGCCCAUCUUGGGCGCCAUGCUGUGGCAGGGCUGUGCCAAUAAGUCCUUUGGCUACGUCAACGAGAUCAUGCAGCUGAGUCUGGAGGAGGGUCUCAAGCCCAACGAGCCGUUUCUGCGUCAUCUGCACAACUUUCACAGGGGAUGUGCCAGGGCCAUAGACGCCAGGCAUCCCUCGACCAAGACUGCCGCCUUUAAGAAGGGACACUCGAAAUUCUGUGAUAAGUACCGCCUGUACUACGAGGAGCUCGGCCUGACUGGCCUCAAGCUGGAGGAUGCCAUUGCCAGGGUAAAAGAGCGUCCCUAUGCUAGGUACAAGGAAGAGCCCGUUGAGGGAAAGGAACCACUCAAGCACGAGCAGAUCAAGCGCAAGACAAAGCUGCGGAAAUACAUCAAGAAAAUCAAGAUAGACGAACUGCAGGAUGACCCACCACCCAGAGAGGCCUUCAAGAGGAUAGAAUAG